AUGGCUGCUGAGGAGAAAAAGAUUUACAAGUACAAGAAGGUGCUCAGUAACCCCAGCCGCUGGGAGGUGGUGUUGAAGGAGAUCAGGACGCUGGUGGACAUGGCGCUGACAUCUCCGCUUCAGGAUGACUCUAUUCACCAAGCACCACUGGAGAUCGUCUCAAAACUGCUCUCAGAGAACAACAACUUAACCACUCAAGACCACGAGAGCAUUAUUGUGGCAAUUGCACCUUUGCUGGAAAACAACCAUCCUCCUCCUGACCUCUGUGAAUUCUUCUGCAAGCACUGCCGAGAGCGCCCGCGGUCCAUGGUUGUGAUAGAAGUAUUCACACCGGUGGUACAGAGGAUUCUCAAACACAACAUGGAUUUUGGGAAGUGCCCUCGGUUGCGGCUGUUUACUCAGGAGUAUAUUCUGGCCUUGAAUGAGCUGAAUGCUGGAAUGGAGGUGGUGAAGAAGUUUAUUCAUAGCAUGCAUGGUCCAACUGGACAAUGCCCCCAUCCCAGGGUCCUGCCAAAUCUUGUAGCUGUCUGCUUAGCAGCCAUUUAUUCGUGUUACGAGGAAUUUAUCAACAGUCGAGACAAUUCGCCAAGCCUGAAGGAAAUUCGGAAUGGCUGCCAGCAGCAGUGUGACCGAAAGCCUAAUCUUCCCCUCCGCCUUAUUCACACAAGUCCUGACCUGGUCUCUCAAGAGGCUACCUUGACUGAAUCCCGUCUCAAACCAGUUAUUGUCACUUCAAAUGAGAUCCAUGUGGAAGUGGAGCGCAACAACACAGCUAAUCAGAAGAUGACAGCCAACGUUGGCAAUGACAGUGAGCCCAACCUGAUUGACUGCUUGAUGGUCAGUCCUACCUGCAGCACCAUGAGCAUUGAGCUGAGUGCCCAGGCAGACAGGAUCCUUGGCUGUUAUGUUGAAAUACUCAAGAUGCUGUCAGACUAUGAUGACUGGAGACCAGCACUGGCCAGCUUGCUUCAACCUAUCCCAUUUCCCAAGGAGGCUCUUGCACAUGAGAAAUUCACAAAGGAGCUGAAAUACGUGAUUCAGAGAUUUGCAGAAGACCCAAGGCAAGAAGUUCACUCAUGUUUGCUGAGUGUGCGGGCCGGCAAAGACGGCUGGUUCCAGCUCUACAGCCCUGGAGGAGUGGCAUGUGACGAUGAUGGAGAACUGUUUGCCAGUAUGGUUCAUAUUUUAAUGGGAUCCUGCUAUAAAACAAAGAAGUUCCUGCUUUCACUGGCUGAAAAUAAAUUAGGACCUUGCAUGCUACUGGCUUUGAGGGGUAACCAGACGAUGGUAGAGAUUUUGUGUUUGAUGCUGGAAUACAACAUCAUCGAUAAUAACGACACCCAGCUCCAGAUCAUCUCUACCCUGGAAAGCACAGACGUGGGAAAGAGAAUGUAUGAACAGCUGUGUGACAGGCAGAGGGAGUUAAAAGAGCUGCAAAGAAAAGGUGGUCCCACAAGGUUAACACUGCCAUCCAAAUCCACAGAUGCAGACCUGGCCCGCUUGCUAAGCUCGGGAUCUUUUGGAAACUUGGAAAACCUCAGCCUGGCCUUUACCAAUGUGACAAGCGCUUGUGCUGAGCACCUCAUUAAACUGCCUUCACUCAAGCAGCUGAACCUGUGGUCAACUCAG